AUGAGAUAAUAACAUAGAAAAGCAACCUUAAACAUUCCUACAGUUUUAGAUUUACAAAAUCCAGAAUGGGAUGUUAUAUUAAAAUCAUGGGCUUACAUAAAUGUUAAGUAUUAAUAUCUAAAUAUUUUAUUUGAAAAUAGAAACUAUGAAUUAACUAUUAAUAAAGGUUCAGUUGUAAACAAAAAAAUUCUAUAUUUGAAUCUAAAAGAAGAACCUAUCAAUUAUAAAGUAUGUUCCAGUAUGCCAAAUAUUAUUGAAGUUAAAACUGAAACAAUAAAUCUUUAAAAAGACUGUAAGUUCGAUUAUAUUUUCUAGAAAAAGACUAUAUUAAAUUAAUGAUAAAGGCUCCAUUGACUCCUUGUAAAUUACAUGUCAAAAUAGCAUUAAUGGAUAUAAAAGGUGAUACUGUAUACGAAGGAAUGGAAUUUAAUCUCAUUAUUGCAAAUAUAACUUCAAAAUGA